CACACCUCUUCCAAGUCACAGAACGCAGCACAUUCGCGCCCGACGGGGCUGCGAUUCGAAUCGUUCAGUAGAGCAUAUUCUGUCCAAGUCCGGCUGGUCCUUUCGGCUAUCUCGGGUCAAGUCGAAUUUCUCCACGUGGGCUUUAUUCAUCGUCACCACGGCGAUUGGCUAAUGACCUCCACCACAAUCUCCACUCUGGCCGGCGUUCAGCUACUGGAUGAACUGAAGUGGGUUUGGUUCACUUGUGGGGAAGUCCGAUUCUUGCGAGGGUUUUUCCAAAGCGACAGCUUCUGAUCACCAGCCUACCUUCGCAUCAUUGGCCACUUGAAAAAGAUUAGAAGAACUUCUUUGGCGACCCACCCCACCUACCCCAUCAAAGGGUUCCAUAUCUUCUUUCCUCCCGCCACGACCAAUCUCGCCUCUUAGUCUAGGAUCACACCAUGUCCGGCAAGCUUCUCAACGCCGAAGAGGUGGCCAAGCACAACAGCGAACAAUCUUGCCAUGUUAUCGUCCACGGCAAGGUCUACGAUGUCACUGAAUUCCUUCCUGACCAUCCCGGUGGGAAGGGCAUCAUCCUGAAGUACGCCGGGAAGGACGCAACCGAGGCGUACGACCCCAUCCAUCCCCCUGGUACGCUCGAGGAGAACCUUGCACCUGAAAAGUACUUGGGCGAAGUGGAUCAGAGCACGCUUAAGAAGGAAGAGAAGGAGGUCACCGAGGAAGACAAACAGAUUGCAAAGAACAAAGAAAAUCUUCCGAUGCUCAGCCAGUGCCUUAACCUGUACGAUUUCGAGGUCGUGGCUCGUCAGGUGUUGAAGGGCACCGCUUGGGCGUACUACUCCUCGGGUGCCGACGAUGAAGUGACAAUGCGCGAGAACAACACUGCUUUCGGCCGCAUUUGGUUCCGCCCGCGUAUCCUUCGCGACGUCUCCAACAUCGACUUCAGCACCUCACUUUUGGGACAAAAGUCAAAGAUGCCUAUCUACAUCACCGCGACCGCGCUUGGCAAACUGGGUCACCCCGACGGAGAAAAGAACUUGACGAUUGCCGCGGGCAAGGAGGGGCUGAUCCAAAUGAUUCCCACACUGGCGUCGUGCAGCUUCGAUGAGAUCUGCGAUGCUCGUGUCCACGAGCAGCAGGUUCAGUUCUUCCAGCUUUAUGUCAACUCAAACCGGGCGGUGACGGAGAAGAUCAUUCGACGAGCCGAGGAACGAGGAGUCAAAGGACUUUUUGUCACAGUCGACGCGCCUCAGUUGGGAAGGAGAGAGAAGGACAUGAGGAUCAAGUUUGAGGACACAGGCUCGCGUGUUCAAAACGACAGCAAGGACGACGUGGAUCGGUCGCAGGGUGCGGCUCGAGCAAUCUCCUCCUUCAUCGACCCAAGCCUCUCUUGGGAUGACCUGCACUGGCUGCGGAGCGUUACCAGGAUGCCCAUCGUCCUCAAGGGCGUCCAGACAUGGGAGGAUGCCGUCCGGGCGGCCGAAAUGGGUCUCUCGGGAGUCGUUCUGUCCAACCACGGCGGACGACAGCUUGACUUUUCGCGCUCAGGCAUCGAGAUCCUUGGCGAAGUUGUGCGGGAGCUCAAGGCUCGCAAGUUGUUUUCGCCCAUGUUCCAGCUCUUCGUCGACGGAGGUGUUCGCCGCGCCUCAGACGCGCUUAAGGCCGUCGCCAUGGGCGCUACAGCUGUCGGAAUCGGUCGACCAUUUUUGUACGCCUACUCUGCCUACGGCCCUGAGGGCGUACAGCACGCCAUUCAGCUUCUCAAGGCCGAGAUGGAGAUGAACAUGAGACUGAUUGGUGCGCCCACACUCAAGGACCUCGUUCCCGAGAUGGUCGACACCCGCGCACUCAACCAGCACGUUGUCUUCCCGGAGACCAGCGCUAACACUGUCUACGAGAGGAUGAGCACCGCUGUUGGAUCGCCCGACGAACCGGUGGGCAAACCAGUUGUCAAGCUCUAGCCAUAUAUUUAUACUUAUUCGAUUCGCGAUGCGGAAAUGCAUGACUUGCUCUAUUUGAC